AUGGCCUUUCUUGCUUACCACCCUGACAAACUUGAGUUUCUUCUCGUGAUGCUGUGCUGCUUCCUGUCAACGACAUGCUCUGUGAGGGUUCCACCAGCCAACUUCGUCUUCGGGGACUCACUGGUCGAUGUUGGAAACAAUAACUACAUCACCACCUUCUCCAAGGCCAAUUACGUACCCAAUGGCAUUGACUUCCCAGGCCAUGAACCCACCGGCCGCUACACCAAUGGCCGAACGAUCGUUGACAUUCUAGGUCAAGCUCUUGGUCUCAUGGAGUUCACUCCUCCUUUUCUUGCUCCAAGCACCGCUGGUGAUGUGGUGCUCAAGGGCGUGAACUAUGCCUCUGGAGGAGCAGGAAUCCUCAACAAGACGGGGUAUCUCUUUGUAAGCAUGCAAAGCUUAUCGGUUGAUCUCUGGUUUCCGAUUAGCACACCGUGA